CUAAAAUUAGAGGAAGAUAAUGAUGUACGAGUUCCAGACGAUCAUCGAAAUCAGAGUGACAACACAGAAUACUUAGAAGUAUGGAUCUCCCCUGUUCCUUUAAAGACCCCAUAUCCAGUAAAAUAUGCGGAAAAGACAGGACAUCAGAUGACAGAGUUAUACCAGUUUCUCAUUGCCAAAGAAAUAUUUUGAAUCACCUGUUAAAGUACAACAUAUCAAAAGAAAACAUUCAAACCGAAGCAGAUCUGCUCAGACUUAGAGGGGGCUUUUUUGAUGAGACAAAUGUCAGUAUUUGUCCUGUACAUAGAGCAGAAUUUGGUACACAAUAGCGUCGUUCUUCAUUUUGCAUGGUGAAGGCAGAGUGUCAGAAAAGAGACAGUAAAAGACCAUAUAAAGCCUUAACAAAUACUUCUCUGAGCAUUGAACAAAGUAAAUUUUUGUUUGAAAAUGAUGACACCCUCAUUCCUGUAGGCUCAGGAAUAUGUGGCAAAUGUAGAACAGAACUGCUGAAGAGAAUGGAGGCCUCAAAAGAGAGUACCGGUAUAAUGGCUCAGAAUAUGUGUUCUGUAGAAAUAGAUCCCGAUCCCGAGAAAGGUACAUAUCAUAUGGAGGAUGCUGGGAGUGAACAGGCUGAUCAGGAACAAGCGCAUAUGGAUUGUGGAGAACAGGAUGAAGUAUCAAUGUCGGAAACCAUUUCAGAAUUGUCACAAUAUUCUGAGUGGCAGGAUUCUCAGGAGAGUCCUGGUAGAAAAAGAAAAGCAGCACUGAAUGACUUUCUCGCAGCAGUAGAUAUAAGCCCCAUUAAAAAGACUCUUGUUGUUGACUUUGACUUGGCUUCAGAGAGGACGAAACACGAUUACAACAAAAAGGCAAAGCAGAUCAUGCAUACUGUGUUAGAAAUUCUGGUACCUGAACAGGAAGGGAAACUUGAAAAUAUGUUGUAUUCAGUGCCAGACACAGAUAAGAUGUUAGAUUCUAUCUCAUCUGCAUAUAGUAGUAUUGCAAGCUGGGGAGCUCAGAGGCAGAUCCUUAGUUUGUUAGUACAAGACAACAGCUAUAAUGAUUUGAAAAAAACAUAUUCCUGAGCUAACUCGCUACAAGUACUCGGCUGCACGUAAACAUGCUGCAGCAUACGGUGUUGCAACUCCUGUUCCUGAUAAAAAACAAGUGCGAGAAAAAGUUUCAAAAGAUCAAUUGGAACAUUUUCUGGAUUUCAUAAUGUCCCCAGCGAUUAUGACAGAUGCACCCUUCGGUGAAUGCACUUAUAAAAUUUCUUCUGGAGAGA